CCCGAUUCGGUCACAGGCAAGCGGUUUGUCAAUUAGAAGCUGGUCUUUUGUUCCUCUGCUAUUUGGACAGUUUCCUUUCUGACCAGGUGGAAAGAGCUUCAACGACAUGCUGUUGGAAUGCAUCAGAGAUGACAAGGCUCCAUAGGCUAUUCUGAGCUCGUCUGAUGGAUUAAAGUCAUCCUUUAUAUCCAAAACUACACCACAAGCAGCCGGUGGUCAAGAAGGCUCAUAGCAGGGGAGAGCACCAUGUCCUGUCUCCCCUUGUAUGCUCUGCUGUUGCUGUGUCUACAAGGAUCACUGUUUGCCACCCACACCUGCCCUCCACAGUGUGUCUGCGAGACUCGCCCAUGGUUCACUCCCCAAUCCAUUUAUCAUGAGGCCAGCACAGUGGACUGCAAUGAUCUGCUGCUCACCCGGGUACCCGGCAAUCUCUCCUCAAACACCCAGGUCCUUCUGUUACAGAGUAAUAAGAUCUCCAAGGUCAACAGGGAGCUCCAGCACUUGUCUAACUUGACUGAGCUGGACCUCUCCCAAAACCACUUCUCUAGAAUCAGUGAUGCUGGGUUGGCUAACCUUUCACAUCUCAUUACACUUUACUUGGAAGAGAAUCAGGUGGAGGAGCUUUCCAACCACUGCUUAAGUGACCUUACUUCGCUAGAGGAACUCUACAUAAAUCACAAUUGUAUCUCCUCUAUUGAGCCAUUGGCUUUUGCGGGCUUAACCAGCUUGCUCCGGCUGCACCUCAACGCCAACCGUCUCCACGCCAUUGACCAUCGUUGGUUCCUCCCACUCCACAACUUAGAGAUCCUGAUGAUUGGAGAGAAUCCCAUCUCCCAGUUAACAGGGGGGAGUUUUCAGCCUUUGGAAAGGCUUCAUAGCCUCGUCUUAGCUGGGAUGCAGCUAAUUGAAAUCCCUCCUGAUGUUUUCCAAGGCUUGGACUACCUGGAGAGUCUCUCCUUUUAUGAUAACCACCUUUCAUACAUUCCCACCAAGGCACUAAGAGGCCUACCUCUCUUGAAAUUCCUGGAUCUCAACAAAAAUCCUAUCACAGAAAUUCAGCCAGGAGAUUUCAAGGACAUGCUGCAUCUGGAAGAGCUGAGCCUCAAUGGCAUGGAGGAACUUACUGGCAUCCACAAAGGGUCAUUUGAGAAUCUUCCAGAAUUAGCCAAGCUUGAGCUGUGCAACAAUCCACAUCUCUCCUACCUGCACCCAGCUGCCUUCCAGGGGGUGCCAGCUCUUCGCACUCUGCUAAUCAGCAAUACAGCCCUUGGCUUUCUUCCCUUGGGCCUGAGAGAUGCCUUGCCAGCUUUGGCUGAACUUAGUCUCUAUGGGAAUCCAUUGCGAUGUGAUUGCUUAGAGAACUGGAAACCAUGGACCACAGGACACGUUCGGCUGAUUGAAUCGCAAACUACUCUCUGUACUUCACCUUCAGAAGCCAUGGGUCAAGAGCUCCAAGAAGCCCUAAAAAGUGUCAGGGGGGGAGGUUGUUUGCCAGAAAUCACACCUAAUCUUCCAGAACACCUGGAGGCAUCAUCUGGUUCUACAGUAAUUCUGGAUUGUCAGGCCAGCUCAGAGCCGCCACCACAAUUCCACUGGAUCUUACCUUCUGGGAAAAAAGUGACUGCUGGAACUGGGAAGAUGCAUCUUAGGGCUGGUGGAACCCUUGAGAUUAACAGAGCCAACCCAGCAGAUUCAGGAGUCUACACUUGUGUAGCCCGGAAUGAACUGGCCUCUACUAGCCACAGUCUGUCCCUCAAUGUCAUUGGAGAAAGACCUGUAACUCCUGCCAGGCUACUGAUCUUUGCCAAAAAGGUGCAGUCACAUUUUGUGGUGUUGGAGUGGACCACAUCUUACAUAGAAGGGCAUAAAAACGAGAGAGAUGAAUCAGCCACUGCCCACCCACCACCUCCUCCACCCUGGUCAUCAGCUACCAUGCGCAUCCAUAACCCCCAUUUUACCUACACCUCACGGGUUCCUGUUAGCAUCCGGGAAUACAACCUCACACACUUGCAACCUUCCACCCGUUAUGAGAUUUGCCUUACAGUCAUGUCUUCCAUUCCCAAGUCCUCAGUUGCUGCCAGUUACACUGAUGUCCCGUCUGCCUCAGCAGCUUCUACAAACUCUCCUUUGUCUUCUGUGAGUUCUUCAGAAAUGGUCACAGCAACCACAGGUGCUUCCGCGCCAUCUCUGAGCUCUUUGAUAAUCCCCAGGGGUCCUUCCUUGUCUCUCAUGAGUCAUUCAACUGUGGUUUCUCCAGGAACUUCCAAACCUUCCUCUGCACCCAUGACAAGUCCCGUGGAAGCUUCUGCAGGUCUUCCAUCUGCUUGGUUAUUGCCCCACGCUCAGCACGUCUGCCUCAAUGUCACCACCAAAGAUGCCUCCCUCUCAGUGGAGCUGAUGGGAGGCUGGGCCGGAGGGGCAGCCUUGGCUGCUAUUACUGGUUCCUUAUUAGCAGCUCUGAGUGCUGUGCUCCUGCUCCUUUGCGCUUCUCGUCGACUCAAGGAGAAAGGGUGUCGCCAUUCACUCAAAAAGUACAUGCAGCAUGCAGCUGCCAUCCCACUCAACGAGGUCUACCCUCCCCUGAUCAGCUUGUGGGAUGCAGAGGGAGACCCUUCCCUCCCAAUGGCCCCGUUAGCACAACUGGCUCCGCCCACACCAACCUUGCCACCUCCCCCUGCCAUAGGUGGGCACACUGUUUUGCUGCCAUCUCCUCCUGGCCAAAUUGACACUUCCAAGACUUACCUAUGGCAACAGCCAUGAAGGAAUUUGAGGUGUGCCGGUACCCGUACCUCAACACAGACAUUGGUGGGAAAUCUCUCCUCCCUGCGGCUUUUAGGAUGUCAGAAUUGGGUCUCCAGGCCUUCCCAGUUCAGGUUCUUGCCUUCCACUUUCACCCCUUGUACUCACCUGUGCACUAUAUGUACCGAGGGCACGAGGAACUUGGACAUUUUUUAGCCAAGGUUUCACUGUGUAGUUAUAGCCAAUGAGGGAGGAAAGUAUCAGGCAGAUAACAGGGCCCCUGGGACAGUGUAGCCCCUGGGGGGCAGGUAAAAAAAAAUGAAUAAAAUUGAG